CCCGGCAGAAAGACCAAGGGACAAGAGGAGUCAGAGGGUGUGAAGUCAGGCUUCUCAGGGGCAAGAAGGAAAGCAUCCAAAGCCAGCUGGUCUGGCUUUGAAGUAGAAGAAAGAGAACGAGUGAUACAAAGAAGAGAGACCGAAAUAUAAAGAGAGGAAACAAGAGAUACAGAAAGUGAAUCCUUGCAGGAAAAAACCUGAAGACCCUUUACAGCAGGUUCUGUGAAGGCAUUUGUGCAACAACUCAAACAGGACAUUUUUCCCAAGGAGGAGAAAUCUGCAGGAAGCUUAACGCGAGCGAGGGAAGCAUUGAAGGCUAAAGAAAGAGACAGACAGGCAGGAGCUGGAUAUUCUUGGUCCAAUAAAGAGGUUAUCACUGCUUUGAUAGUUGGAUUGUGGUGUGGUCACGAGAAGGACAGAGCCAGAGAGAGAGAAGAGAGUGUUGUACAAUGUGCUAGGAGUUAAGGAAGAAGACGAGCUCGGUAGUUUUUCUGAUAUUCUUGAGGUGUCAGAGAGACCGAACAGAACGCAAAGAUGGGACGGAAGAAGAUACAGAUCACCAGGAUCAUGGAUGAGAGGAACAGGCAGGUUACCUUCACGAAGAGGAAGUUUGGGCUAAUGAAGAAGGCCUAUGAGCUCAGCGUUCUAUGCGACUGUGAGAUAGCCCUGAUCAUAUUCAACAGCUCAAACAAACUCUUUCAGUAUGCGAGCACAGACAUGGACAAAGUCCUGCUCAAAUACACUGAGUACAACGAGCCCCACGAGAGCAGAACUAACUCUGACAUUGUCGAGGCGCUAAACAAGAAAGAACACAGAGGCUGUGAUAGCCCGGACCCCGAUGCCUCAUAUGUCCUCACCCCUCACACAGAAGAAAAGUAUAAAAAAAUUAAUGAGGAGUUUGAUAAUAUGAUGAGAAAUCAUAAAAUCCCCACAGCGCUGCCCCAGCAGAACUUCUCCAUGCAUGUGGCAGUACCAGUCUCCAACCAGAACACCAUGUCCUACAACCCAGGAGGCUCCAUGAGCAGCCAUGCCCUGGCCCAGGCCACAGCCUCUCUGAGCGACAGCGGGAUGCUCUCUCCCCCUCAGGCCUCCUUACACAGGAACGUGGGCUCCAGCGGUGGCCAGCAGAGGCCCCCUAGUCAAGGCAAUGCAGGGAACGGCUUUGUCAACCCUAGGGGCUCUCCGGGACUCCUUGGCGCAACCAGCGGGAACGGCCUGGGGAAAGUCAUGCCAACCAAGUCUCCACCGCCCCCUGGAGGGAACAUGGGGAUGGGCAACCGCAAGCCAGACCUGAGAGUGCUGAUCCCCCCGUCCAGCAAAGGCAUGAUGCCCCCACUGUCGGAGGAGGAGAAAAUGGAUUUGAACACCCACAGGAUAAGCAGCUCCCAGUCCCAGCUACUGGCCACCCCAGUAGUGUCUGUCACCACCCCCAGCCUGCCCCCCCAAGGCCUGGUCUACUCAGGCAUGCCCACCGGCUACAACACCGAGUACUCCCUGAGCAGUGCAGAGAUCUCCUCCCUACAGGGCUUCGGCGCUCCAGGCCUCUCUCUGGGCUCCAUGUCGGCAUGGCAACAACAUCAACUGGGCCAGGCAGCUCUCAGCUCUUUGGUGGGUGGUGGUCACCUACCUCAGGGCUCCAACCUCUCUAUCAACACCAGCCAGAACAUCAACAUCAAGUCAGAGCCCAUCUCCCCUCCGCGGGAGCGCGUCACCUCCUCUGGCUUCCCCCAGCAGCAGCAGCAACAUCAGCAGCAGCAGCAGGCGUCCAGCCGGCAGGACCUGGGCCGCUCGCCAGUGGACAGCCUCAGCUCCUCCUGCAGCUCGUACGACGGCAGCGACCGCGAAGACCACCGGCCGGACUUCCACUCCUCGUCCAUGGGGCUGGGCAGACCCCCGGCCGGCACCGAGGACAACAGGGAGAGCCCCUCUGUCAAGCGCAUGCGCAUGGACACCUGGGUGACAUAGAGCCACCCAGUCAGGCCUCCAGUCACCAGCUAGUCAGACGGAGGGAGGGAGAGGGUAGACAUGGGGGAGAGAUGGAGGGGGUAGGAAAGGUCCUGAUAGUUAUCAUUAUAAUAUUAUUAUUUAACUCCAUUUCAUUUUGUAAGAAGGAGAAUGGCAAAUAAAUUAAAUAAGUCUCACAUUAAUAAGAAAAACAUUCAAGUAGUUGGACUGAAUUAUGUACACAAACAGAUGUUAUCAGGUACUGGGUGCGAAUCAGAUUAUGUUUGCAGGAGUCCGAUGUUCAAAGAAAAAAAAGAAGAAAAAAACAAAUCUAGAUUAUUGUAGUCACUGGUCUAGUCUGGCACUUACUUGUAGUUGCUGUUUUUGCUGUUGUGGUUGCAAGUUACAAACAAUCAAAGAAAGUCUGAGUGUUGCCUGCUGGCUGAGGGCCCCUGUUUGUGGCGUCCACUGUUAGAGCUCAUGUUUCACUACACGGUGUAACCUCAUACGACUUUAAUCUCAUACAACUUUGUCUCAAUUUGUCUCUUCUAUUAACUUAUUAAAUCAAUAGAUGUGAAAUCAAAUUUUAAAACAAUUUCGACCUCAGAGACACUCUACAAAAUAGUUGUUGUUUUUCAUUUGAAAGAGGUUUCCCUUGUGGGGUUUGAGACAGGAAAAGCUAUCCUGUAUGGGAAGGACAUGGCUCAGAGUCAUGUGUUUAGUUUUAAAAUAAAUAGGAAAAAGUAUAUUGCAAUAAUAACAUAUUCAUUUUAUAAUCUGAUAUAUGGGACAUUAACAUUAUGGGAAAUUGUCCAGUUGAACUGGUAACAUAGUAAUAGCAAGACAUCUUCUCAUUGCUCCAACAAUUCAUUGGUAAUGUAAGCCAAAGCUGUACUGUAUGUUUCUUUCUGUUAUUUUGUAGCUAUGGUUUCCUAGCAAUUCUCUCAAAAACAAUUGUUAAUUUUUUAGUUUAGUUUUUACUGUGCUUUGUUACAAACAAUAUAAAGACAUGCAAGCCAGAUCUUGAAUCAAUAUCUAAAGCCAUGAACACUUGCUGUUCUGUUUGUAAAAUUAAACAUUUGAGCCAAACACUUUCUUUUGUUAUGUAAAUAGCAACUUUAAUAUAUAUAUCACCUUGGUGUAAGUACGUAUGUAUUGUACCAUCACCAGAUUCAAGAAAAAGGUAUAUUUUUGUGGAUUACUGCCAUGUUUACGGGCGGGAUCCUUAUUAAGUAGAUGAUUCACUGGUUAAUAUUUACUAUUUUGUUAAUUAUACUGUACUUUCUUCAAAAUUGAAUUACUACCGUUAUAAUCAAAGUGGUUUUGUUUCCAGAGAGUCGUUUUUUGAGUUGUUUUCCCUUUAAUAGUGGUGAAUGUCUGUCCUUAAGAAAUUGUAAUAACAGUGAUGUAAGGUUAAAGUUCCACUAUAUCUUAUGUUGUGAAGGAUAAUCUCAACGCUGAGGAAAAUAUGGUUUAGGGUUAGGCUAUUUACCUGUAGCUGCUGAAUACACUGCCAACUUUCAAACCCAAGGUCCCAUCUCAGCAUUGAAAAACCAUCCAUUGUGAUUGUGCUUUACUCGAUUGAAAGACAUGCCAUUUCAUGAACCAUGCCAAUAAACCUAUUUGGGUCGCUCCACGAAAAGA